GUAAAGAGGGAAGCAGAAAGGCCCCGGAGGAGGCAGCCAGGGCAGACCUGGAAAUUGCAGAAAUAGACAAGCUGACAGCAGAAGUCAUCAAUACUCCGUUUAAAAUCGUCAAGAAAGUGGAGAAGUCCAAAAGGAGUGUUGCAGCCAUUGAGGAGGAAGCAGAGCCUCUGUCACUUCCUCUGCCAAAAAAGAGCAGAGUUGACAGCCAGUGCCCUCCAGAGACAGAGCCCGAGAACGUGGCUCCCAGAACUGCCAAGGUGAAGGCAUCUACCAAAAAGGCUUCUGUGGCCAGGAGACCUCCCUCGGCCAGAGUGAAACGCGUGAGCAAGAGAUUAAGCAAAAACAGCUAUAUCACUCCAGCUACUGGAAGGAUGGUUGACUUCUGUGCUCGGAGAGGAACCUCCGUGACCAUGUCCAAGUUUGAUUCCAGGGUGUUCAGGACCCCAGGGCUGCGCACGCCGGCACUGAACGAGCGCGUGUUCACCAUCUCUGCCAACGGCAGUCCCCUGGCGGACGGCGAGGCCGUGCUGACCCUGCCCCUCGGUGGCGGCGAGAGCAUACGUCUGACAGCGAAGGAUCUGACCAAGAAGAACUUCCUUCACCUGGACCCCGAGGCCCGAGGGCUCAUGAAGAAGCUGUCGGUGCGUCUGGCACAGGCCUGUGGCGAGGUGAAAAAAGCCUAG